CUUCCGCUCUGAAACGUUUCCGGUUUGGUGCUAUCCAUGCGACCAACGCUGUAUUACAGACGGUUAUUUUUCAAUAGCAACACAACCGAAAACACAGUUAAAAAUGUUCAAAUUGGAGGGACUCGGCCCUAAAAUGGACCCAGAGGAGAUGAAGAAGAAAAUGCGACAAGAUGUCAUCUCAUCUUUACGGAACUUUCUUAUUUACGUCGCUCUGCUGAGAGCCACCCCAUAUGUGUUAAAGAAGUUGGACAGCAUAUGAGCAGCUGCUCCUCCAUGGUCCUUCCCUCCAUCCUCAUCCACCCAAAGAGUCUCCUGCAUCAGCAACAGUGAGGACCUCCACAUGCAGUCAUCUUGAACUGUUACAGCAUCACUGUGGAAAAUGACCAGUGCUUCUCCAUCACAGCACCAGACAUCCCAGCUGUUCUCAGUUUCAGUUUUUUUUUUCAUGUUGUAUACUUUGUUCUGCCCUUUUUUUAAAUUUAACAUUGUAUAAUAUCGGUUAAAUGCUGAGUUUGUAUUUGAGUGAGUUUGUCACAAUAAAUGAGGUUGUCGCAGUAAAUGAAACAAUGUUGGUUUAGUUGGUUUAGAAGUUAAGAUGUUCAGCUUUUGCAGUUUGAGAGAUGCUUUGCAUGAAUUUCAGUUAACUGUCUGUUUUGACAUGUUAUUUCGACUGCCACAGAUCCUAAAUUAAAAUGAUAAAGCAGUGGAAGGUGGUCAGUAGAAUAAAAAGUUGAAGACAUUUUUAUUCCCAAUAUACUCUCGAGAAACACUUCUAAGUAAACGUUAACCUUUCCUCUUUGAACAAUUAAUUUAAGAAUCUACUUGGUCUUAGAUUACCUCUAAUCCCUUUUGCAACUGGUUUUUUAGUUUUGUGUCGAAUAAGCUUAUUUAAGCCAA